AAAACAUGCAAUCGUGCUGCGUGCUGGUUGGUGUUUAAAAUGGUUUUUAUUCAAAGUUUUCUGCUGAAAUCAUUUAAAAAGCCUUUAAGAUACUCCCUUAGAGGACGAUUUCUUGACACACUGCGACUCACGGUGAAAGGUGGACACGGUGGAAACGGCUUACCAAAGUACGGUGGUGCCGGCGGACAGGGCGGAGCGGUCUAUUUCGUGGCAAAGGAUGGCACCUCAUUACGCGACGUGGUAGCAAAGUUCUCCAACAAACGAAUCGUUGCGGGGAACGGGGAGGAAAGCUCAAAGGCUCGAAUUCUAGGACGAAGAGGCACGGAUCAACGGGUAGAGGUCCCCCUCGGUAUCCGUGUGCUGGACGAUUUGGAGGGCACGGUCGUUGGUGAGCUGGAUGAGGAAGGAAAGAGUUGUCUUGCAGCUGGUGGAGGUAGUGGUGGUUGCUCUGGAAACUCGUUUCUCGGCAAAGCAGGCCAACUCCGAACGUUAACGCUCGAUCUGAAGUUGAUUGCCGAUGUGGGAUUGGUUGGGUUCCCCAACGCCGGCAAAAGCACACUGGUGAAGGCGGUAUCACGUGCGUCGCCGAAAAUCGCUUCCUAUCCUUUUACUACAAUACGACCACAGAUUGCCACGAUCGAGUAUGAAGAUUACCGGCAGAUAACGAUAGCCGAUUUACCGGGAUUGAUCGAGGGUGCUCACGCCAACUACGGCAUGGGACACAAGUUUCUGAAGCAUGUCGAGCGGACACGGCUCCUGCUUAUCAUCGUGGAUGUGUUCGGUUUCCAGCUUAGUCCAAGGCAUCAGACACGCAAUUGCCUUGAAACGAUUUAUGCGCUCAACAAAGAGCUGGAGCUGUACGAUGAGACGCUGCUGGACAAACCGUGUGCACUGGUGAUCAACAAGAUGGAUCAGCAGGGCGCAAUCGAAGAGAUCUGCAAAUACGACCGAUACUUUCAGUCACUUGAAGAUGGCCUGGACCUAUGUCCCGAAGAGCUGAAACCAAGCAAGCUGCUUACGAUCGACAGCGUGAUCCCCAUUUCGGCGAGAAGCAUGACGGAAGUGGAGAAGGUGAAGCAGGAGGUACGCACCAUUCUCGAUCUGAAGGCAGAGGAAGAACAGCAACGGAUAGAAAACUCUGACCGAGAGGCGAACCUUCGCGAAAAACUACACGAACGGGGACCAAAAGUGGUGUAAAGGAUGCCUUCGUCAUAGUUUGCCAAUAGUGAGGAUGUAAAUAAAUUACCAUACAAUGUAUUAUUA